UUCCCUGGUGUUGUAGGUUGUAUCGACGGGACCCAUGUGAGGAUCCAAGCGCCCAACAAAAAUGAGAAUGACUAUGUCAACCGAAAGGGCUUCCAUUCCAUCAAUGUCCAAGCAGUAUGCAACCAUAAAGGUAAAAAAGGAGUAUAUCAUUUUCAAUAAGCAUCCAACAUACAAAUGAUAAAGAACAAAGCAGAAAUAAUACACAUUAUCUGAGGGGGUGGUAGAAGUUCAUGUGCAUGCUCCAAAGAAUAUUUUUUGAAAGUUCUAUUAAUAUUUAAAAAAUUUUAACUCUUCUGGUGAAAAAAUAUUAAUAAUUAGCAAAGUAAUCAACCCUGUAGUAUGUUUUUAUGGUAGGGACCCCAUAAAAGAGUUGACAAUUGACAUGCUUGUCAUCUCACUCAGAUGUUUGAAUUCAAUUAUCUUUGGGCAGAACGUAGAUAAACAUAGGUAAAAAAAAAAAUAGAGCUAAGGGACCGGUCAUUAUAAUUAUUAAUCGCCUGGGGGCACGGAGGAUUUGGGACUAAACAAGGUGAAAUUUAGCUGAUCCCUACUUUGAAUGUUACUCCACUGAAGUAAUCCCCCCUAACAACUUUAGAUGACUUUUGCAAUCCCCCCCAUGUCUUCAUUUUCCAAGCAAAUUUGAGUGGUCCCCCUCUGAAUCCUUCCAAAGUUUUCAGUGAUCCCCCUUUUGUUCUCCUCAAAAUUAAGUGAUCCCUCCACUAAAAUCCUCCCCCCCCCGGCGAUAAAUAAUGACUGGUCCCUUAAGUAGUCUAAAUAUUAUAUUUAUACUACAGUGCCUAGCUUGAGGCCCACAAAAAAUCAGAUAUCUUCGUCCUCUUCAAACAAAAAGAUAUCGAUUGGAAGGAGAGGGGCUCAAAUCCAAAAAACCUAUCAGAAAUCUAUGAAAUUUAACCAUGGAAUUUCUAGAAGGAUGGAGUCUCUAACAAUCAAUAAAAACUCUCAAUACGGGAGGUAUGGAUACUUUAUGGAAUGACACAAUAAAGUACAAAAUUUAUUGUUGAAAUUUCUUUAGGCACGUUUACGAACAUCGUUGCACGAUGGCCUGGUAGCACACUUGACAGCUUCGUAUUUAGCAGUUCAUUGAUUGGUCAGAGGUUUGAGUCUCAGCCCCGCACAUUGGAAGAUGGCUUGCUUCUUGGAGAUAGUGGGUACCCUUGUAAACCAUAUCUCAUGACCCCAUGUCUCAACCAUACAUCUGUAAAUGAGGAAGCAUUCAACCAGGCCCAUAAGCUACAAGGCCUAGGGAGACCAUUGAACAAACCUUUGGAUGGUGGAAGCCAAGGUUUCAUUUGCUUCACUCAGAAGUAAGAAUUAAGCCUGAGAAGGUCUGCCUUAUUAUUGGAGAUUGCGCCAUAUUGCACAACAUUGCAAUACUGAGGAGUGAACCACAGAAUUGCCACCUCCUGCACGAAGACGACCAGCCAGCAAUGGCCCCCCUUCAUGGCCCAGAGAAUGGAAAGGCUGUGACAGAUGACAUUUGCCACACCUUUUUUUAAAAUUCCCCUUUCUCCACCAGAGGUGUAUCUUACGGUGUCAGCAUCUAAAUUCUUUAAAUAACUUUAACAUUAUCAAUAUUGCAAUCUUCUAAAAUGAUGUCAGACUCUCUGUAUGGGUAAUAGCUGCAGAAGUCUAUUUUGUCACACAUUUUCCUUCAAAUCAUCUGAUUUUCAGGCAAAUUGUCGCAUAUCAAGAAUCAUUUUGUGUUCCAGUGCUACUAGUGAGUUUGCCAUCAUUCAACGUCUAACAUUGUCAAACUUGGCUGAAACAUUCAAGCCAUUGUCGCUUUAAGAGGCUGUCCGCGUAAGAACCGAUAAGGCAAAUUUCGGUGUAUCACAGAUUGCCCUGAUUUUUUCAGUGGAAGAUAACUAUCCUAUCACAAGAAGAAAUAUCACAUUUAUUUGGACCAACUCAAUUUUUUCUCUAUUUUACAAGAAGAUUUUCUCGGUCACCUAAAACUGGCCCGUUUGCCGUCAGAAGCGGUGCGAUUAUGCUGAAACUUUAGGGCUCUGUCAAAUCUACCUUACAUUGCCGAAUAAGCUGAUUAUUUUACACACAAAAGUUUUAACUCUGAUUAACAGUGUCAAAGUUUAAUGGUUGCAUUCUGUGGAAAGUUGGCUGAGAUAUGAUUUUUUUAAAAUGAACUUUAAUUUGCUCAGCGGGAAAAGUAAUUUGCAUAACUAGAGCUGAACGGUAAUUUCGCAAAAGUGGCACCUGACCCAGACUCAAGUCUAUGAUAAAUCAGAAGUACUAAGACCAGUCUACUUCUUAAUGCAAUAAAAUUUGUGGGCACUCUUCUCUGCGCGCUGUACAAAGUUAAUGUUCCAAAAUUCGCCAUUUUGACAGCAAAGCUGGAAUUGUAACGGUCCGCAUUUGAUCGACUAAUUUCCACAGUUUUCACGUUUCUAGUUAUCACCAAAUGUCAUUAGACCCUUUAAAUGUUGUACUUUUGAAAACAUGAGGAGAAAACUUGGUAAUCGCUUUUUCUUGUUUUUUUUUCCUUGUAGACGAUCAGAACGCGACUUCAUUCUCCGUAUGCAAAUUACCUUAGAUGCGUCGUUUCAACAAAUUGACAGGAAAUAUAACUGCUUAUAUUUCACAUUGUUAAGGGACCUUAAGGGAAAAAUAUCUCUUCUUUCCAUGGAAAAAAACGACCGAUAUAUGACUUAGAAUCCCCUUAGGUCUGUUUCUUUUAAGGGAAGAAGCAGUAGAAGAAGAUAUGUUUACGCGAAUUAAAAUAAUUUAGUUAUUGUGGCUCGUCACGCAUUCCCCGAGAGUGGCCGUGUAUCGAUCAGUUCUUUUAUCAUAUUACAUUUUUUUUGAAGUGAUAGUUAUUGAUAAUCAUACAAUUUAAUCACUGUUAAUUCCGAUUCUUUACUGCGUGGGAAAUACCGUGCUGUUGUAUUCAUUCAUUCUUCGACCGUCUUAACUGAAGUAUCCCCGGGUGCCACCGUGAGGAUAGGGUUUAAUAUGACAGCCCAUGGUGUAAUAGACAACAGUUAGCUAGAAAGUAGUCACUUGGACACGGCCACUCUUAUUCACGAGCACUAGCACAAUAUUUUCAAUUACAGAAUUAACAGUUAAUAUUCUGGAAAUAGCUCCCAAACAACUUCAGAAAUACCGUGUGACACAACACGACCACACCUGCAAAGUCCUUUAAGCAGCAUACACAUUUCCUAGAUCCCUAGCUAACUAUAGGCUACCUCACAAACUUUAGGGUGGUUAUUAACAGAGCAUUGUGUUUAUCGCCAAUCAACAACAUUUCAGUAAAAAUGAGGAAUGGCAUGCCGAAAAAGGCAUAGUUAUUGUUUACAGUCCGUCUCCUGUUAAAUCCCAAAAGUUUUUGCCGGCUGUUAAUCACACUAAAUUAAGGAUCCCUAUGUUCACUCCUGAGCUGAUGGAGAAAAGCACGUGCAAUCUUGUAUGAAAGACGAAAGUUUGUCAAUUAGGUCUCCUUUUCUUUCCCUGGAUUUGAAUGGUAUUUUAAAGAGACACAAGAUUUUGUUAGCAUUGCCACGUUGAAAUGACUAGGUUGUUCUUCCUUUGACAUUACACACAGGUUGAAAGCUUCUGGUUGAGGGUGUUGUGGUGUCAAUUCAGUCUGUCAAUUCUUCAGCGAUUUCUGCAACAAGGUUUUGCCUUUCGAACUCCUCGUCUUCUUGCAACAGAUCUCUAUGGUCAAGUUCAACUUGUAUACACUUAGGACUAUGUUUGUGUGUUGACUCAAACGGGCAUAGAGUCCAACAUGGGCUGGCAAUAUGUGAGCACGGAAUUGGAACGGGGGUGGGGGAAACUCCCUAUGAUGGCCUAUACGGGAAGGUUCCGCCCGAAAGGAGUAUCUUUUUCCGGCUUCAGGUAUAUGAAAGGGUGGGCAUUUCACUAGAUGAAGUAUAUAAAAGGGCGAGUGCCCUUAUUGCAGCCUUAGCAGCAUCUUUGGCGGUUCGUAAAGAAAAAAGAACUAAGUUUAAGAAUUUAAGGAAAAAGUAGAGGGACUUAAUUUUUCAGAAAUUAAUAUACACGGGAGAAAUUUCACCCCCUUAAGUACAAAUGCUUGUAAAAGUAGACGUGGAACAGUGGGGAGAGAGGGUGGAUGGUAAAGUAGGUUAGAAAUGGAGAGAUGAGAUGGAGCCUUGUUCAAGAGGGUAUAAAUACAAACCAAAAAAAAAAAACAGUAAUCUGUAGGCAUUUUUUGAAGACUUAAUGAAAACGUUAUCAAACAAGAAAAACAGAGAAAUCUUGUCCAAUAAACCUCUCCGGCAAAUGUGUGGACAUGGUUGCUGACUGUUCAAUCGUACUCUUCUCGACCCUUCGGCGUCAAGUUUUUCCAAGUUUCUUGCGACGGAAGGAGCAAAUUGGCUAUAUAAAGUUGAACUGAACACUAAGGUACUUUUAAGCCUCACUAAUUUUUACAAAACCAGAGACAUGUUUUAAACACUGUUUAAGUUCAAAAAAAAUUAUUUUUAUUGCAAGAAUGAAAUACUUUUCAUACACGUGAACGGCACCUCAACCACAAUUACUCCUAGCCUCGUCCACAGGACAUCAGACUUCUUAGAAAAUGGCAGGGGCGGGAAAGCCCUGGGGACGAGGUUGAAUCCUGACUCCGUGUAGAAAGUUCUUUUUUUCCCAUUUAUAAUGUUCUUCAAACAAUCAUCAGAAAACUAUCUUUUACAACACACGGAUUAACAGGUAUUAUAGUAUUUUAAAGGUAAGAAUUGAUUAGGGCAAGAUACACGGCUGUCAAAAAAAUAGAAAUAACAAAAACUAUCUUUGCAAACUCAAAUAAACUGAAACGAACUUCAGCAAACAUCGCAAGAUAAAAUGUUAAAUCCUGUGUUAAAUAGAGAAAUUAGAAUAUCUCUGUACGUUAAGAAAAGUUUUUGCAUGAAGAAGAAAAAAGAAUGAUACUUACGUGAUGGAACAAAACUUUGACUUAUUUCGCUGGCUGAAAUUUACGACAUGUCUUCCUGCCACAGUAGUUAUUUUGCCAGUAUGAUGCAGACUGUGACCGGGGUAUUGACAAGACCUUAGGCUCGAUUUCCGCCGUCUCCCCGUCCGUUGGGUUUCAUUUUCCAGAACAACGGCUUACAAUCUAGCCUAACAAGACCUUGGCGCUCGCAAAAACCUGCCAAGUAGGUGUCUGUGCCUUGGGCAGAUUGUCAUGUUAGUGUUAGCCUGUGUACACACUACCCCCCCUCGGAGAAGGGGCCCCUUCUCCGAUUUUUCUUGAGGGGAGGGGGGUCUGUACACAGGCUAUUUAGUAUCUGUGCCUUGGGCAGAUCGUCAUUUCAGUUUCGAAUACCCACCAAGCCUCGAAUAUGUUUUUGCAACACUUGCUACACUUAGACAAGUGACAGCUGGCUAAGUGCGACGUAAUAUCAUCCAUGCACUCUGUGGCCAACACAUUUUCCUCCACACCCCUACUGGGACAUCACACUGUCUGCGAUCUCGCGGAAGAACUGCUUAAUGAAAUAGCCGAAAAAGCCAUUUUUCACAAUUGAUCUCUUCUUAUUUCAUUGACAUAAUUAUAUUUGAAACUGGCACCUGUUGCAUUAUAAUUCAAUCAGAUUGAAACCAAAACAAGAUCAUCGUUGGAAUUCGGAUGUUAUACCCUAACAAAAACUAAAAAGAUACUCCCUUUUGCGUUUAUUCACUAAAAAAAGGAACUAUUUUUCCCGUUCCAUUCUGCUACCGAUAUACGCUUUAAAGAUCUUUGAAUGAAACUGAAAUUUAUUGCUAGUUUAAGAUAGUUUGGGGCAUUUGUUUUUAAUCAUAGUGCCAUGUACAAAGAUCUGCCUUCUCCUGAUAAGCAAAUAUCAUAAUAAAACUUUCGACGUUAACGCCAUUUUUUCAGGCACACAAAAAAGAGUGCCCAAAAAUUUUCCUGUGCUGACAAGAGGACUUACCUUGCAAGUGAACUCUUAUUUUUUAUUAUUAUCAAUAACUAUCAUUUAAAAAGAAGAUGAUAAUAUUAUAGAAUUGAUCGAAACAACGAGAUUGUUUUCUAAUCGACCACCCCUCUUUAGGAAUGCGUGACACGCCACAAUAAUUGAAUUAUUUUAAGCCACGCAAACAUAUAUCAUGAUAUAUUAUUCAGCUGCUUCUUCCUCGUUUAAAAAAAAAAGAAAAAACAGACCUAAAGGGGAUUCUAAGUCAUGGUUUGUGUUUUUCUGUGGAAAGGAGGGUUAUUUUUCCCCUUAGAAAUGUGAAAUGUAAGGAUUAUAUUUCCUAUCAAUUUGUUGAAACAACGUGUCUAAGGCUAAUUUGCAUACGGAGAUUGAACUCACGUUCAUCGUCGACAAGAAAAAGGCCCAAGGAAAAGCGAUUACCAAGUUUUCUCCUCAUGUCUUCAAACGUUCAACAUUUAAAGGAUCUAAUGACAUUUGGUGAUAACUAGAAACGUGAAAACUGUGGAAAUUAGUCGAUCAGAUGCGGACCCGUUACAAUUCCAGCUUUGCUGUCAAAAUGGCGAAUUUUGGAACAUUAACGGAACUUUGCACGGCAAACAGAGAAGAGUACCCACAAAUUUUAUUGCAUUAAGAAGUAGACUGGUCUUAGUACUUCUGAUUUAUCAUAGACUUGAGUCUGGGUCAGGUGCCACUUUUGCGAAAUUACCGUUCAGCUCUAGUUAUGCAAAUUACUUUUCGUGCUGAGCAAAUUAAAGGUCAUUUUAAAAAAAUCAUAUCUCAGCCAACUUUCCACAGAAUGCAACCAUUAAACUUUGACACUGUUAAUCAGAGUUAAAACCUUUGUGUGUAAAAUAAUCAGCUUAUUCGGCUAUGUAAGGUAGAUUUGACAGAGCCCUAAAGUUUCAGCAUAAUCGAACCACUUCUGACGGCAAACGGGCCAGUUUUAGGUGACCCAGAAAAAAUUCGUACAAUUCUGCCUGUUGUAAAGAUUCCAAAUAGUAACGACUUAUCAGAUCAUAAUAGGUUUCUGGGAAAAUGUCCACCUACCCCUCCCCUAAGCCAACAUUAACACUUACAUUUUGUAAUACCAAUAUAGAUCCUUCCUCUCAGUUUUACAUGGAUAAUAGAAAUGAAAGGAGAAUGCAAGAAACAAAAGACUCAAUUCUACCUGUAAUGCCGGAGAGUAAUUUUUCUUGGAAGAAAUGUAAUUAGUACUGUGUGACCCCCACCCUAGGCCUAUCUCACUCAGGUGAUAUAUAUCUAGUAGCAAUAAGAAAAAUUCUAUAUACAGCUACUAUGCCUGUGAAGCUGCUGUAAAGUAUUUUGUGAUACAAUCUAUUAUUUCGUGUUGCUCAAAUAGCAUCAUUUGGAUUUGUGGAGAAUAUACUAUUCAGUUGAAAGUUCAGUCAAAGGUUCUUUCAAAAGAGGCAAGAAGAUGACAUGUAAUGUGAAAUGGAAAAAAACCUUUCAAUUAUAUAAGUGCUACCCAUAAUGGAAAAUAUAUGCCAAUUAUGAAUUGGGCAAAGUUGUUUUUAAUUUUAUCAUGAAAUGUAAUUGAUAAUAAUAAAACUUAAUUUAAUGCAAUAUAAAAUAAUGGAUCUGAAUCAAAAUGAAAUAUAUUACUAUGUAACUGGUCAAAGAGACAUUUCCAUAACUGGGAUAAACAAGAUUUUGUGUAUGAAAAAAUAUGCUUGAAAUUUAUGUAGAAUCUGAAACAUUUUACAAAACAUUGCAAGCUUAUGUAAAAUCCUAAUAUCAAUAUAAAGUGUUCAUAAAUAAGAAGAAUUUCCAUUCCAAGCUUUGUUUUCAUUAGCUCUAGCAUUUCUUGUGGCAGUUUCAAUGCCUUGUGCUGCUCUUCAAGGACAUCAGCGUGUGAAAUUUGGUGGCAGCGAUGAAUGA